UCUUCACAGAUAAGGUCUCAUUCCCAGUUUGAUGAUCUCUGCCAGAGGACCACUGCUGCUUCAUGCUGUCCCAGCUGGACGCUGGGCAACUAUAUUGCCAUUCUAAACAACAGAUCGUCAUGUCAAAAAAUUGUAGAACGAGAUGUUUCUCACACCCUAAAGCUGCUUCGUACAUGUGCCAAAUACUACUACAACGGAACCCUGGGGCCAGAUUGCUGGGAUGUGGCAGCCAAAAGGAAGGACCAGCUCAAAUGUACAAAUGUGCCUCGUAAAUGUACAAAGUACAAUGCUGUUUACCAGAUUCUGCACUAUCUAGUGGACAAAGAUUUUCUAAGCCCAAAGACUGCCGACUAUGUCUUGCCAGCUUUAAAGUACAGCAUGCUCUUCUCUCCAACAGAAAAAGGAGAAAGCAUGAUGAACAUUUACCUGGAUAAUUUUGAGAACUGGAACUCUUCUGAUGGUAUAACAACCAUCACAGGGAUUGAGUUUGGAAUAAAACAUAGUUUGUUUCAAGAUUACCUUUUAAUGGAUACUGUGUAUCCUGCCAUAGCCAUUGUCAUUGUUCUCUUAGUCAUGUGUGUGUACACAAAGUCCAUGUUUAUCACGCUGAUGACCAUGUUUGCAAUAAUUAGUUCCUUGAUUGUAUCUUACUUUCUUUAUCGGGUAGUAUUUAAUUUUGAGUUUUUCCCUUUUAUGAACCUCACUGCAUUAAUUAUUCUUGUUGGAAUUGGUGCAGAUGAUGCUUUUGUCCUGUGUGAUGUUUGGAACUACACAAAAUUUGAUAGAUCUCACACUGAUACUUCUGGGACAGUCAGCAUCACCUUGCAACAUGCUGCUCUUUCCAUGUUUGUAACCAGUUUUACCACCGCGGCUGCCUUCUAUGCUAAUUAUGUCAGCAAUAUUACAGCAAUCCGAUGUUUUGGUGUUUACGCUGGCACUGCCAUAUUGGUGAAUUAUGUUUUAAUGGUAACAUGGUUACCAGCAGUAGUUGUGUUACAUGAACGGUAUCUUCUCAAUAUAUUCACUUGCUUCAAAAAACCUCAGCAAAGGGUAUAUAGCAACAAAGGCUGCUGCACAGUGUUGUGCCAAGUGUGCCACAAGAUUAUUUUUGCAGUCUCAGAAGCAUCCAGGAUAUUUUUUGAAAAAGUCUUGCCGUGCAUCGUUAUCAAGUUUCGAUAUAUUUGGCUGUUCUGGUUCCUUGCUUUAACUGUAGGUGGAGCAUAUAUUGUAUGUGUUAAUCCAAAAAUGAAAUUACCAUCACUGGAGCUCUCUGAGUUUCAAGUGUUUAGGUCUUCUCACCCUUUUGAACGCUAUGAUGCAGAGUACAAAAAGCUUUUUAUGUUUGAACGUGUCCACCAUGGAGAGGAACUCCACAUGCCAAUUACAGUAAUCUGGGGCGUCUCUCCUGAAGAUAAUGGAGAUCCUCUAAAUCCUAAAAGUAAAGGAAAGCUGAAACUAGACAGCAGUUUUAAUAUUGCAAGCCCAGCUUCACAGGUCUGGAUUUUACAUUUUUGCCAGAAGUUAAGAAAUCAAACAUUUUAUUACCAAACUGAAGAACAAGACUUUGCUAGCUGCUUUAUUGAGACAUUUAAGCAGUGGAUGGAAAAUCAGGACUGUGAUGAGCCAGCUCUUUAUCCCUGCUGUAGCCAUUGGAGAUUUCCAUACAAACAAGAAGUUUUUGAGUUAUGCAUCAAGAGGGCCAUCAUGGAGUUAGAAAGAAGCACUGGGUAUCAUUUGUACAGCAAAACCCCAGGGCCUCGCUUUGACAUAAACGAUACCAUCAGGGCUGUGGUACUGGAGUUCCAAAGCACCUAUCUCUUCACACUGGCUUAUGAGAAAAUGCAUCAGUUUUACAGAGAGGUGGAUUCAUGGAUUUCUAAUGAGCUUAGUUCUGCUCCUGAGGGUCUUGGCAAUGGAUGGUUUGUGAGUAAUUUAGAGUUCUAUGACCUGCAGGACAGUCUUUCUGAUGGUACUCUGAUUGCCAUGGGUCUUUCCGUUGCUGUUGCAUUUAGCGUAAUGCUGCUUACAACUUGGAAUAUAAUUAUAAGCCUUUAUGCAAUAGUUUCUAUAGCUGGAACUAUAUUUGUCACUGUUGGCUCUCUGGUUCUUCUCGGAUGGGAGCUAAAUGUGUUAGAGUCUGUCACUAUUUCUGUAGCUGUUGGCUUAUCUGUGGACUUCGCUGUUCACUACGGAGUUGCUUACCGCUUAGCUCCUGAUCCAGACCGAGAAGGAAAAGUCAUCUUCUCUCUAAGCCGCAUGGGCUCUGCAAUUGCAAUGGCUGCGUUGACCACAUUUGUGGCUGGAGCAAUGAUGAUGCCUUCCACGGUUUUAGCAUACACCCAACUUGGCACUUUCAUGAUGCUCAUAAUGUGCAUUAGUUGGGCUUUUGCAACCUUCUUUUUCCAAUGCAUGUGCCGUUGCCUUGGACCUCAAGGCACUUGUGGCCAGAUUCCUCUGCCAAAAAAAUUGCAAUGCAAUGUCUUCUCCCAAGCUUUGUCAGGAAGCCAAGGAGACCAAGGACAAAACAAAGCACAUCCUGUCAACACAUUUCAGUUGGAUUCCGGAGAGCAAAAACCAGAAAUGGAGCAGGAGCAUUAUGAGUUAGAGCCUCUGGCAUCACAUACCAGUAAUUGUAAUUUAUCGGAGAAAGUAAGUUAUGAAGAAACCCACAUCUGCUCAGAACUUUUCAAUGGCAGACCCCCAAAUGCAUGCAUGCCUGUGCAUUCAGCAUGUAACAGUGAAUUGAAUAAAAGUAACAAAAAUGAAGCUGGCUCAACCAUGGUACAACCAUGCAUUGACCAGCAUCCCAUGUGCCCACUCUCCUCUCAGAACAGGCAGUGCAGCUGUCCAGAUGCAUAUAGGCAGUUAAGUGACACUUCGUGCUACCAUUGUGUUCCAUCAUCUGGUAAUGUUGUGCAGAUCCAAAACUCUGUGCCUCCUGUAAAUGUUUUACAGCAAGCUGUUGAAAGCUAUGUUCCCCCAGUCCAACAUGUGCUCCAUUGCAGUUGUCUUCAGGGAAGACUGAAAAGACCCAUGAUGCAGAACUCUCUGCCUAGAAAUUUUUUUCUGCAUUCAGUACAGCAGUUUCAAACACAUGAAAGAAUAAACAGGAGAGAUACACCUAGUCUUCAGAAUAAGGAGGAGAGCAUAAAAACUCUUCCAAAGGUGACAAACUCCUCACCGUUUAUCUGCAGAAGUGCUGGUUCUCUUAUAAAACCUUGUUCUGAAGCUGAGAAUAUUGUAUCAAGUAACCAAAAGGUAUUCUGUAAAAUCAGAGACAAGUGUGAUUUAAGGGGUACAGAAGUAAGUGGGAAUGAAGACAAGAGAACUUCAGUAUCAAAGCACAAGAAGAUAACUGAAAUCAAGAUAGAUCCGAAUCCAUCGCAAACCGGCCAACUUUUGAAGGCUGACCAAAAUGAUCAGAAACACAUACUGAACAGUACAGUGAGAGAGGCUGGGUAUGAGUCUUGCCCUGAAAAUACACAAUAUUGUAACAGAACUAUAACAGUGAAGUGCAAUUCUGUUGACGGUCAAAUGCCAAACACUGAAGCCAAUGUGCCUGCUCUGUUAACACAUCCAGAACUUUCCAAUGAAAGUUUGUUAAUAAAAACACUAUAAUAAAUCUUAGAUUUGGCAAUCCGAUGUCUCUCUUUUAAAAUUAAUUUAAUUUAAAAAAAACACGAUGGAUAAAAUAAAUUUAUAUUAUAGCACCAUUUUGGAAUGGAAAAUAUGUUUUACAGAGCAAUGAACGCUUGUUAAAAUUAGUUAAAAAACCCAUUACUGUGUAAUGAAACCUGAUGUUGAGAAUGACUUUCUGUAUGUAGUAUGAGGGCUUGCACUUAAAUUAGUUUUUGUCCCAGAUAUUUGAGUCUGAGUUCUCCUUUUCCCACCAUGGUGAAAAAUAAAGCAUUCCAAAGAGACUGUCCCCUUUCUCAGACCACGAUUUAGGAGAUUUGGUAACACUUUGAGGAAAGGGGAUGCUGCUAUACUGUCCAAGUAUACUCCCAACUCUAUUCCUUUGCUCUCUUAGGAGGCUUACAGAAGCUAUGAAUGAUUCAAAUCUAAUCAGUCCUUCUGCUGAACACAACGCUGGCACCUGAAAGAGCCGGAGUUGCCAUGGUGGUUUUGAAUCAAGAUCUCCUGUAGCCCUUGUUCUCAGUGUGUUCAGUUGGGAGCAUGUUUAAUUGUUAAUGUGAUAUUAUAAUGAAGUAAGAAAAGCAGCCCCUUUGGAGGUCAACAGAGAGAGAGAUGCACUGGAUGUCAUUACUAGAUAUACAUGCUGUACGGUAGAACCCGUUUAAAACUGGCCAUUAGUGACAGUUACUAUAUAGAGACCUCUUAAGGACAUAGGUUAACAGUGGUAACCUUAAUUCAGAUGGUAACUGGAAAAUGCCUACUUUUUGAUGACAAUA